AUGGAACUAGAGAAUGAUACACAAAUUUCAGAAUUUCUUCUUCUGGGAUUUUUGGAAGAACCAGAAUUACAACCAUUCAUCUUUGGGCUGUUUCUGUCCAUGUACCUGGUCACCAUACUUGGGAACCUGCUCAUCAUCCUGGCCGUCAGUUCAGACUCCCACCUCCACACCCCCAUGUAUUUCUUCCUUGCCAACCUGUCCUUUGUAGACAUCUGUUUCACCUCCACCACCAUCCCUAAGAUGCUGGUAAAUAUACAAACACAGAGAAAAGCCAUAACUUAUGAAAGCUGCAUCAUGCAGAUGUACUUUUUCAUACUUUUUGCAGGUUUGGACAACUUCCUCUUGACUGUGAUGGCUUAUGAUCGCUUUGUGGCCAUCUGUCACCCCCUGCACUACACUGCCACCAUGAACCCUGGGCUCUGUUCACUACUGCUUAUGGUGUUCUGGAUCAUGAGUGCCCUGCAUUCUUUGUUACAAACCUUAAUGGUGCUGCAGCUGUCCUUCUGUACAGUCUUGGAAAUCCCUCACUUUUUCUGUGAACUGCAUCAAAUGAUCCAACUUGCGUGUUCUGAUACCUUUCUUAAUAACGUGGUGAUGUACUUUGCAGCAUUGCUUCUGGGUGGUGCUCCCCUGGCUGGGAUCAUUUACUCUUAUGCAAAGAUAGUUUCCUCUAUAUGUAGAAUCUCAUCAGCUCAGGGAAAGUAUAAAGCAUUUUCCACCUGUGCAGCACACCUCUCUGUUGUCUUCUUAUUUUAUUGCACAAGUUGAGUGUACCUUAGCUCUGCUGCUACCCAGAACUCCCACUCAGGUGCAGUAGCCUCAGUGAUGUACACUGUGGUCACACCCAUGCUGAACCCUUUCAUCUAUAGCCUGAGGAACAAAGACAUAAAGGAGGCUAUUAAUGUACUUUUCAGAGGGAAGCCAUAA